UAAAUCGACAAAUGUGCGUUGAAGUGAUGUGUUUACAGCACGGAGGCUAAUCCGAAUUAUCACAAAUGAUCACAAACCGAAUUAUAGUUUGAAAUUAUUAUUAUUUUUUUUUUUUCAAAAGUUGAAUUUAGCUGUUUGCUUCAGCGGAAGUGUUCCAGUGUUUACUAUCCUUUUUGUCCAAGCGGUGUAUCCGUAGGAGGGAGCGCGAGCCUGGGACAGCCAGGAAGGAGGAUGGACCCACAGCCUGAGCCGUACAAACCAGUGCAGUGUCACUGGUUCUACAAGCAGACAGCGGAAGGCAGAGACUCAUGGAAGCCGUUCAGUACUGAAGAUUCACUCCGACUGGAGGACACUCACACACGUGGCUGUGAUGACAAGGUGGUGGUGGCCACAGAAGGCAAGCGUUAUGAUGUGAGAUUAAAGGAGAGACGCCGUUAUGCCGUUUACUGGGAUCAGGCUCCGUCUGAAGUGCGCAGAUGUUCCUGGUUUCACAAAGGAAGCAAGGAGCUGUACUUCACUCCUUACACCGAGGAGAUCAGCGAGCUGCUGGAGGAGGCCUACAUGAUCUCUGUGUCCCUCAACGAGUGGAAAAGACAGUUAGAGCUGCGUACAGGAGAAACUGUCAUCUUUCACAACCCGAAGCUGAUCACCCAGCACCCGAACUUUUCCUUGGACUGUCCUCCGUCUCCGAGUGAAAGAACACAACCCAGAACACUGAAGAGAGGGGUGGAGAACAUUCCUGUGGAAAUCCCACAGGGAGAACCAGAUGCGGUGGACCACCUGGUGUUCAUGGUUCAUGGCAUUGGUCCAGCGUGUGAUCUCCGUUUGAGAGGAAUCGUGCAAUGUGUAAAUGAGUUCCGCAGCGCUGCUCUCGCUCUCACCAAAAGUCAUUUCAGCUCCGGUGAUGACAACAGAGCUGUCGGUCGAGUGGAGUUCCUGCCUGUUAACUGGCACAGGGUUCUACAUGGAGAGACCACCGGAGUCGACAGAGACAUGGAGCGGAUCACUUUGCCCAGCAUCAGGGGCCUGCGCCAGUUUGCCAAUGACACAGUGCUGGACCUGUUCUUCUACAACAGUGCCACCUACUGUCAGACCAUCGUGGACACGGUAGCCUCAGAGAUCAACCACCUUUACAGCGUCUUUCUUCAAAGAAACCCACAAUUCACUGGAGCCGUGUCAGUGGCAGGACACAGCCUGGGUUCAUUAAUCCUCUUUGACCUCUUGACCAAUCAGAAGACAGGAGCAGAAAGCACCAAUGCAGCACAGGAUGGACCGAAAGAUGAAGACCCGGGCUCUUCCUCUGGGUCGGACUGCACUUGCUGUGAGAGUCUCGAAGAGGCACUAAUGAGCAUCGGCAUGGAGGAACAUCUCGGAAUCCUUCAGAGGGAACAAAUGGACAUGGAAUCUCUGAUGCUGUGCUCUGACAGCGACCUGAGAGAUUUAGGAAUCCCGCUCGGUCCUUGCAAGAAGAUUAUGAACUGCGUGAAGCAAUGGAAGCACAGAUCCGCAGCCCACACCGGAAAACAUUCCUCAGAUACGGAGGAGAGAAAUUCUCCUGAAAUUCAGAGUCUCAUCCGAGAGAGUCGGCCGAAAACCAGCGCUGUGGACUACCAGCACUUUGACGUGGGGAUUGGACAGGUCUCUAUUAAUUACCCGCAGCUCAGCUUCCGCCCCCAAGCCUUCUUCGCUUUCGGCUCUCCUAUCGGAAUGUUCCUGACCGUCCGAGGCCUGAAGAGGAUCGACCCCAACUACAGCUUCCCCACCUGCAGCAGCUUCUACAACAUCUUCCAUCCUUUUGAUCCGGUGGCAUACAGGAUCGAGCCCAUGAUAUUGCCUCCAGAUAUGGAGGUAGCACCCAUGCUGAUGCCCCAUCACAAGGGCAGGAAAAGGAUGCACCUGGAGCUGAAGGAGGGUUUGACGCGUGUGGGCACAGACCUGCUGGGGUCUUUACGGACAGUCUGGCAGAGUUUUUCCCAACUUCCUGUUUCGGCACUGGCUGAGGGAAAUGACACGGCUACAGCUGUAUGCACGGCCGAGGAAAUGGAAACCUCACCCCAGGAACAGGAGGAGAGAAAAAUGAUCCAGGUCGGGAAGCUGAACGGUGGCCGGCGUAUCGAUUAUGUCCUGCAGGAGAAACCGAUCGAAAGCUUUAACGAAUAUCUGUUCGCCAUUCAGAGUCAUCUGUGCUACUGGGAGUCGGAGGACACGGCUCUGCUGGUUCUCAAGGAGGUUUAUGGAAAUGGCGAUUGCAAAUCUCCUCAGCAGUAAUGAUCCCGACCCUCAGAGUUCUCUGGGAUGUCAUAAUAGCUUUUUACACAGCCAAAAAAAUAAACAGUGCUCCUUCUCCAUGUUCAGGUUUCCAUACGAGACCUUUUAAAGGAGCAGUUCGUAAUGAAACAGACCUAUAAUAAUAAUAAUAAUAAUGACGGGAAUUCAAAGAUUCCUGUGAUUUGCAGUAUUGCCAUGCACUGCCAUGUGCUAGAUAGAGAGCAGAGGUACAUUAUUACAGGCUUCUGUUUACAUUUAUAUGGGCCAGAAUUGGCUCCGCCCUCAGCUGUUAUGGAGCUUGAAACCCAAAAGGCAUGGAGUUUGUCUGAUUUACUUGCAGUUAGCCUUGCGAGCAGGAGAGGGCACUAAAAAUGACAAACUGCUCCUUUAAACUCACAACUUUCAGUCCUCAAGGAUCAGGUGCUGUCGGGUUUCUGGAUACAAUUUAUAGAGUCAGGUGACCUAUAAGCACAAUUUAUUUUAGUGAGUAGUUGUGAUUUAGAUACAUACAGUACUGCAUUUACGUAUAAAGGCCAAGUUUGAUUAUUUUAAGGGUACCUCAGAUUUGCGCCACGUUCACAGCGAGGCCAGUAAUCUGCUGAGUGUCAUCUCCCCAAACUGCGAAAAGAAGUGGGACUGGUUAGAUGUGCAAACCUCUGGAAUGGGGGAAGAGGUGGAUUUAAGAUGCCUCACUUGUCUUUCACAUCAUUCUUGAUAACCAUUUCAUGAAAACUCUGUUGCUAGGCAACAUGAGAAACACAGAUGUGGCGCAUAAGCUAGCUAACAACUAGCUAACUAGCAUUGCCCUGACCGGGCAUCAAAUUUCAAAUGAACUGCUUUGUAUGAAGACAUGAUUUUUGUAAUAAUAUCGUAUGAUAUCUUUGUCAUAAUCGUAAUAGCCGCAGUGUUAGACAACCGUUUAUACUAUCUCUUGAUUAAAAACAUAUUUUUGAAACUAACUGGCCAAUACAGAAUACAGAAAAAUUUUAAUAGCAUUUCGACUUGACAUGACCUGAUGGCAUGCUAGCUUAGCUAAACAGAUAAACAGAACCCUAGCUGGCUAAGAAUAUAUUCUUAUAAAAAUUUCUGCUAAAUGUUUCCACAGAUAUUUCCUGGCCCUGUUCUAAAAAUAUUUCCAUUAAGAAAACACUAAAUAUUGGGAUCAUACGAUCUAUUAGCUGCUGUUAGCUGUUGUUGCUAGCUGUAUGGCUAUUUUUUAAGUCUCAGGGCAUCUCAGAAUCUCACCUCGUCUGACAUAAGAACAGGUUUGCUAGUAAAACAACCACUAAUAUUUCAGUUGUGUGUGUUAUCUGUGCAAUAACACACUCAAGCAUAGGAUAUUAAGUCUAGUUUAAGUUUAUAACGUGUCAGUAUUGCUGUCUCAGGUUUGUGUCUCCUACCAAACGCACACUGAUUCACAUGCUUAAUGCCACUAUAAUACUUUAUGAAUGUUUGAUUUCGCACACGGUGGUUCUUUUGGGACUUUAUGCACUGCCUCUUUGGCAUUUUCCUUGCGUUUAAAGACAUUAUAUUAAUUCAUUAAGGCUUUAACUGUUGUCUGAGGUGAAGCGGGGUUGAUUAAGAGGACUGACUGAGCUCAUGAAGGGUUAAUAAUCUGAUGAGGUGUGUUAAAAUGACAGUGGAAUGGACUUUGUGACUGAGAUCAUUCACUCUAUCAGGCAUUAGAGUGGACUGUAUGAGGCAGUGGAGAGGGAUUUUAGCAUUAAUCAGAGACUGAUCCCUUUAGAAAUAUGUAUAAAGUGUUAGAUACGCUAUUUUACAGUACUUUUGGCAAUAUAUUGUAUGACACUUCACUGAAACCAGUCAUUAAAAAGUCAGCAUUUGUUUCUCUUUUGGGGCUUAAACUAAAACUGAUGUUAAAUGUAUACUUCGCUAAUGUUUGUUGAGUUAAUAGGAACACCUGAACACACCAAGCAUCUGUACUAAGUCAAAUAAUCACUCUUUACAACCGUGGUGAGCAGAAAAGCAUCUCAACAUGCACAAAUCAUCGAACCUGGACCGUAAUUGGCUACAACAGCAGAUGAGUACAUUGGGUUCCACUCCUGUCAGCCAACAACAGGAAUCAUUGGCACAGGCUAUGGACAUUAACUGAAGCGAUUGAUUCGUAUCUCGAUUCAUUCUUUUAAUGCAUUGCUCUGCUGCCACAUGAUUGGCUGAUAUGAUAACUGCAUGUCUGUACAGGUGUUCCUAAUAAAGUGGACAGUCGGUGUAGCUUUAAAGCAGCCAAAACAGAUUUGACCUGAAAUUACUGUUAGAUAAGCUAAGUGGGCGGGGCUUCCAUGGGGUCAGUUCAUUUCAGUUCAUUUUUAAAUCAUUUCAGAUUUAAUAAUUAAGCUUCCAACCAUUAUUUGGUCAUUAUGCAACUUUUCAUUAGAUUUAUAUUUAUACAUGAUGUCUGGCUGCUUUGGUAACGAUUGCUUCUUUAUAUUAUUAUUAUUAUUAUUAUUAUUAUUAUUAUUAUUAUUAUUACUGAUUGUAAAGUUCUAUGCUGUGGAUAACUAUAUUGUUAAGAUAUAAGAAAUUAACUAUAAUUCAAAUAUGUGUGUGUGUGUGUGUUGGAGAACAUGAGGAAUUUCAUUAUUUGAAAUUAUUAUACAACUUUAAAAUAUUCUAACUCUGCAUAUUUAUCCAGUUUUAAUACUUUCCCAUUUCUUCACCUGAUUGCAGUUUACAUAUUAAUGUUUUGUUAUAAUAAAUAUUUUAAUGUCUCAAUGUAUUCAAAUAAAUAUUUUCUACACCUA